UUGUCAACUUCAGCGUGUUAGCUAACUCAGGAUAAAAGAAGAAAGAGAAGAUGGCGGAACGUGGCUACAGCUUCUCUCUGACUACAUUUAGCCCUUCUGGUAAACUUGUGCAGAUUGAAUAUGCAUUGGCUGCUGUAGCGGCUGGAGCCCCUUCAGUCGGCAUUAAAGCUUCCAAUGGGGUCGUCCUGGCGACUGAAAAAAAACAGAAGUCCAUUCUGUACGAUGAGCAGAGUGUUCACAAAGUGGAGCCCAUCACUAAACACAUAGGCAUGGUGUACAGUGGCAUGGGGCCGGACUACAGGGUUUUGGUCCGACGAGCCAGGAAGCUAGCACAACAGUACUUCCUUGUCUACCAGGAGCCAAUUCCCACCGGCCAGCUUGUCCAGCGAGUGGCAUCUGUAAUGCAGGAGUACACACAGUCUGGCGGAGUGCGUCCGUUUGGGGUGUCUUUGUUGAUAGCUGGUUGGGAUGAAGACCAGCCCUACUUGUUCCAGUCAGAUCCCUCGGGUGCAUAUUUUGCAUGGAAAGCUACAGCCAUGGGAAAGAACUAUGUUAAUGGAAAAACAUUCCUUGAAAAAAGGUAUAACAAUGACCUGGAAUUGGAGGAUGCCAUCCAUACAGCCAUCCUGACAUUAAAGGAGAGUUUUGAAGGUCAGAUGACUGAGGAGAACAUUGAGGUUGGCAUCUGCAACGAGGCUGGCUUCAAGAGACUCACCCCAGCGGAGGUCAAAGACUACCUCGCAGCCAUUGCUUAACCCCUCCCCAACCCACCCACAGCUGUAUCAAACCUGUUCCUUUGCAGCCUGAUAACUGAUGUGACUAGGUCCAUUCAAAUAAAAGGAUAGUUUUAUGAA